AUUCCUUCCAGGUCUUCUCGUCGUCUGCAUACUUCAUUCAUCCCUGCAACAACUCCUGAAACAUCCACCAGACAUCAUGGCCUCGACGAAUGAAUUUUCCAAGUACAAGGCCCUCGUCUUCGACUGCUACGGCACCCUGGUCGAUUGGGAGACGGGCAUCUACACCAGCCUGAAGCCGCUCUUCGAGCAGGCCGGCAAGCCUGCAGACAGGCUUGCCGUCAUCGACGCCUUCUCCGCCGUCGAGCGCGAUCUCCAAGCGCGUUUCCCCACCAUGCGCUACUCCGCCUUGCUCGCGAAGGUCCACGCCACGCUCGAGGCGCGCCUCCAGGACAAGCCCACGCCGCCCGAGACGUCCGCCACGAGCGAGCCUGUCCUCUCCUCUGCACACAAGGACUCCGGGGACGCGCAAGCGUUCGCGCAGAGCGUCGCCGCAUGGCAGCCAUUCCCAGACACGAUCACCGCGCUGGCCACGCUCUCCAAGCGCUACAAACUCAUCAUCCUCUCAAACAUCGACGGCGACACGAUCGCGAAGACGCGCGUGGUGCUCGAGCACGGGUUCGCGUUCGACGCCGUGUACACGGCCGAGGAAGUCGGCGCGUACAAGCCGGCUCCGGAGAUGCUGGGGUUCGCGCUGAAGCGGUUGCAGGAGGACUUCGGGAUCGCGCAGGGGGAGGUGCUGAUGACGGCGCAGAGCGUGUUCCACGACAUCAUACCGGCGAGGGGGAGGGGGAUGGACACGGCGUGGAUUAAUAGGGCGGGCGCGGUCACGGGACUUGAGGGCGUGAAGGGCGAUGAGGCGAAAUACGUGUUUCCGACGCUGGGUGAUUUAGCGGACGCGGUAGAGAAGGGCGGCGCGUGA